UUCAGUCAUUUAACACAUGAUUUCCUUUCUCUCUAUUCACAUCUCAAUUUUGUCAAGUCAUUUUACUAUCAGCAUUUUUUAUAUUAUUCCUCUGCUCAUCUCACCACUUCUGUUGAUAAACGGACUUUUCGCGCAUUUUCAGCGGAUUUCUUAUUUCUCCGCGCACGAGAUUGAAUCAUUCGGCCAAGGAACUCCUAGCAGUGCAGACGUGACUCUCAAGUGCUUUCCAACCAGUUACUUUCCAAGUUCUUAGAACGGAGAAUUCUUAGAGUGAAAUAAAUUGAUUGUAAUUCUUCGUUGUCUAAUUCAUUUACUUUUCAGAUAUUUCAGCACACUUUUCAGAGACUCUUCUGCCUCUAUUUUACACAAAUUUUAUGUAUUUUUGCAUGGUUUUUCAUGGGAUUUCACUCUGUUGGGCACUAAUUCGGUUGCUUCCUCAUUUCAUAUUUUCCGCCAUAAUUCUUGUUUCUCUACUCACAGCUAGGCGCUGCUGUUGCUGAAGAGGAUUUACCCCUUUGGCGGCAACAGCAGCUGCGUGGCUGGGACGGGAAUUACACAUUGUCGGCCGAAUCUAUAAAAGGCGGCGCAGUGCAAUACUCGGUCUCUUUUCCACAUAGAGAGUUGUCAGGAGAAGGUGUAGAAACGAAGGCGGCGAGUGUCUGAAAAAUAAGGUGUUAAAUAAAGUGAAUUUCACAACAUAAUUCAUAGCUUCAUUCACAGUGCGCGAAGUAAAAAGUUAAGAAAAUCAUUCAAAAUGCCCCAAAUGAGCGUCGCCAAUGGAUACACCAACGGGCACUCCGUGCACGACAUGCAGGACGGACAGAGAUUCCUCUUCUCCUCGGAGUCCGUCGGCGAGGGCCAUCCUGACAAAAUGUGCGAUCAAAUUAGUGACGCCAUCCUCGAUGCUCACUUGUCUCAGGAUCCCAAUGCCAAGGUGGCCUGCGAAACUGUCGCCAAGACUGGCAUGAUUUUACUGUGCGGCGAAAUUUCAUCGACAGCCGUUGUUGAUUAUCAGAGAGUUGUGCGCGAUACAGUGAAACAUAUAGGCUAUGACGAUAGCUCAAAAGGAUUCGAUUGGAAUACCCUGAAUCUGUUAGUGGCAAUUGAAGAACAAUCUGCGGAUAUUGCCGGCGGUGUCCAUGUUAAUCGAAUGGAAGAUGACGUUGGUGCUGGUGAUCAGGGUCUUAUGUUUGGUUACGCCACGGAUGAGACUGAGGAAUGCAUGCCGUUGACGGUGGUUUUGGCUCAUCGUCUGAACCAGAAAAUUGCCGAACUGCGACGAUCGGGACAAUUCUGGUGGGCUCGCCCUGAUUCAAAGACACAGGUCACAUGCGAAUAUGUGUUCAAUGAGGGAUCGGCGAUUCCGCAGCGUGUUCACACGGUGGUUGUGUCUGUGCAGCACUCGGAGAAGAUUGAACUGAGUGAGCUGCGCGAGGAGGUGAUGAACAAGGUGAUCAAGAAUGUGAUUCCCGAGAAGUACUUUGACGCCAACACUGUGGUGCACAUCAAUUCCUGCGGCGUGUUCAACAUUGGCGGACCGAUGGGCGAUGCUGGACUCACGGGCCGAAAGAUCAUUGUGGACACGUAUGGCGGCUGGGGCGCUCACGGCGGUGGCGCCUUCUCCGGCAAGGACUUCACCAAGGUGGAUCGCUCGGCAGCGUAUGCCGCCAGAUGGGUGGCCAAGUCCUUGGUGAAGGCCGGCAUCUGCAAGAGAUGCCUCGUGCAGGUGUCUUAUGCCAUUGGCGUGGCUGAGCCUCUCUCAAUCACCGUCUUUGACUAUGGCACGUCCAAGUGGUCCCAAGAUGAGCUCGUUGACAUCGUGAAUAAGAACUUUGACUUGAGGCCCGGCAAGAUUGUCACUGACCUCAAUCUCCGAAACCCAAUCUAUCAGAAGACAAGCUGCUAUGGACACUUUGGCCGUGAUGGAUUCCCAUGGGAACAGGCUAAGGAGCUGAAGAUCAACUGAUUGCUCGAGGAUUUCGGGUCGGAGCCCAAAAGAUUUAAGUUACGUUAAGUGCACCCUUUGAAACACAUUUUUUAUCUAUAUUUUUCAAUAUCACUUUUGAUAUGUAACGUUUUAGACACCUUUUAUUUUAGUCAAAGGUUUUUUUAUACACUGUGUUUUAUCAAAAUGUUUGAGGUUAGGAAGGAAAGUUGCGGUUAGUUUUUAUUGACUAGAUUCUUCAAUUGAGUAGAAUGAUUACUUGUCUCAAUAUUUUAUUUCGCCACACUUCUAAAAGAAAGAACAGCAAAAGUAGAAAAUAUGGUAAUAAUUUUUUAGCCUCAUUCACUCUCCGUCUUCGUUUUAAGUACUAACUUAUGUAUAGUGAGAGCAAAGGAAGAGUUUUAUUGAGAAAUGUUUAAAUUCAUAUUUUAAUGAUUUUUAAUGUAGAAAAGGAUGUUUUAAAAACGGAAUUUUUAUCCAAGAUAAAACCUGUUGCUAGUUUCUUUCAGCAGAUACAGAAUCAUAACUACAGAUACAAGAAAAAAAUUAAUGCAUUAGGAAGAAGGAAGAGAGAAAACUAUUACAGAAUAUUGUACUUCUAUUGUAACUAAUGGAAUUAAUAAGUGUUCGGGAUCCUAAACAUGAUGCUAGAUCGCAUGAUAGGUCACAGUAGGAAAUAUCAAGUGUGAUCUCAACUAUCAUCUCAUUGAUCACAGCCUGCUGCAAUUCCCUGUGUCACUGAUGGAAUGAAUAACGAUUUUUUAAUACAAAUUGAAAGUUCAAUCCUUGCAAUUCCUCGCUCAGUUUCCGCAACAGUUUGCGAUUUGGUAAAAAUUCCACCAAUUUUCACUUUAUCGCCAAUGAAAAACUGUGAGGAAGAGAGAGAGAGAGAAGUUGUGCAGAAGUUUAAUUGCUAAUUUUUCCAUCAGCACAUGGUUUUGUGUUGUGUUUUCGCGAAGGAUUUUAUUUGUGGGAAAGAGCCAGAGCGAAAACACACCGAUCUAUUGUGUGAUUGACAAGAGUGGCCUCAUCCUGUCACUGAAUUCAGUGGCUAAAUGUAUUUCUUUUUGUAUGCUCUAUAUUAGAAGGAAAAAAACAAACGAGUGUAGGUUUUAUGGCAGUAAAAAAGAAAUAAAAGUAGUGACUGGAUAA